AUGCUUCUAAAAAAUACAUUUUCACCAAAGUGUUUGCAAUGUGUACAUUUGAACGUAGCAGUUCCAUUUAAAAACAAGAAAAAUAAAUUUUUAAUAAUAAGAAGUUACAAUAUUUUUGAUAAACUACAUGAAAAAGAAAAAAUAUAUACAUAUUUAUCAUUUUUAGAAGAUAAUACGAAAAAAAAAAACAAUGAAAUUUUUAACAUUUUAAAAAACAAUAAACACAAUAAAAGUAUAGAAAACAAUGUAGAAAAAGAAACAGAAAGUAAAUACAGAUAUAUAGAUAAUAAUACUGUAGAAACAUAUCCAUCUAAUUCCAUUAGUAACAAAAUAUAUAAAGGAAGAGAUUAUAAUAUUAAUAUAGAUGAAAAUGAAGAAAUAAUAGAAAAGGAAAGAAUAGAAGAUGUCGAAGAAGAGGAAGAUGAAGAUGGAAAUUUAGAAAGUGUAGAAGAAGAGGAAGAUGAAAUAAAAGGGGAUGAAGAAUUUGAAGAUGAUAUUGACACUUUAUUAUUCACUAAUAAUCUAAACUCAAGUUUAAUUGGUGAACUAUGGCAUUCUUCUGCCAAUAGUGUAUAUAGAAGUAAAGAAACUAUGAAAAAUAUAAAUGUUACAAAAAAAAUUAAAAAUCGCCAUGAUGUAUGUAACUACAGUGAUCAAACUAAUAAAAAUAUACUAAAAGAUACAAAUUUUAAAAGAGAAAACUCUGUUAAUGAAAAUACUAAAUAUGAAAUUAACAGUGAUUUAGAAAUUCAAGUUAAUAAUGAAAUAAAAAUUAAAAAUGAAAAUAAAGAUAAUAAUGAAUUUAAUUUAACAAAAGAUGAUAAUUCCAAAAGAAAUGACACAAAAGUUAAUUCAUUUAUUAGCGAAUUAUAUAAAGAAGAAAAAAAUGUACUUGAAAAAAUGAAGGAAUUUUUUGAAAAAAAUGAAGAAAAAUUUAUGAAAUUUAGAAAUUCGCUUUUAUGCAAAUUAAAAAUAUCAGAAGAGAUGGCAAAAAAAUAUAAGCAUUCAAGUAAGGAAACGAGUAUAUUUCAAAAUCAGAAAAACAAGGAAGAUUAUUAUAAAAAUUUAAUUAAUUCUUUAAAUUAUACAGACAAUAAACAUAAUUAUAAAAAAAAAAAAAAAAAUGUGAACUAUGAUAAUAUUGAAACAAUAAAAAUACUAGAUAUUGAUAGUUUACCAUGUAAUGUGUUAAAUCAUUUAUUUGCAUAUAAAAUUGUUAAAAAUUGUAGUGCAGAAUUAUGUUUAAAAAUAAUUAGUAGAAUUGGAAUGUACAGAGAUAAAUAUUCUCAAGUAUCGUAUGAAAACAUGAUUAAUUAUUUAGGUCAAAUAAUAAAUAACGAUAAAAAUGCAGAAAUAAUUGCAUUGUUUUCAAGAUGUUAUGAAACAGUAAGUAUUCCAUUUCUAGUUAAUUAUGUAAGAAAAUACGGUAGUUUUUCAAGAUCUUUUAUUGUUAGUAUGUAUGAUAAAUAUUUUAAAAAAAGAUUAUUUGAUUUUGUUAGAUAUGAAAAUAAUUUGGGUAUAAGAAAAAUACCAAAUAUAUUAACUCACCCAUAUCACUUAUCAUCUUAUAUUAAAUUAUUAGGUGAGUGUUCAGCUAAAAAAGAUAUGUAUAUACAACUUAAAAUAAGAGGAUAUAUUCCAAAUUCUUCAAAUUUUUAUGACGAAAAAAAUAUGGACGAGAUGAAUUAUUUUAUGAAUCACGAAAAAGAAAAAACAAAAAAAAUAAAUAUAGAUGUAAAUAAAAAGAAAUCUUCCAAGUAUAUUGAAAGACCAAAAAUGUAUGAUGUUAUUUUAUCUUCAGAAUAUUCUGGUGUCCCCAUUGAGCACUUUAUUGAGAAAACAGAAAAUGAAAAAGAAACUUUAGGAAAUUUUAACAAUUUUAUAGAAUCAGAUAACAGUUAUUCAUUAAAUGAUCAGGUGUUAUCUGCAACAAAAUUAGAGAAAAGAGAAAAUGUAGAUAAAAGAAAGGAACAUAUAAAAGAUAAGCAAAAAAAAAUCGAAGUAGAGGAAGAAGAUGAAAUGAAGUAUAAAGAAAAUAUUAAUAGCCAAAAUAAAAUAAAAAUGCAGAAAAAUAUUGAGGAAGAGAAUUAUAUAGGUAGUAACAAACCUAAAAAUGAUGAUAUUACAAAUGAAUAUAAUACAUUAAAAACUACAUAUUGCACUAACAAUAAUGAGAGAGAAGAAGGUAAUAAGAAUACAGAUUUUAUUCUUGAUGAAGAUUGUGAUAUUUAUUUAUAUAAAGGAUUCAAUAAGUUAAAUAAGUCAUCCUUUAAAUUACAAACAACUUUAGUAAAAUCAGAAAAUGACAAAAAUAAAAAUGAUUUAGUUCCAUAUUCAAACAACAAUGAACAUUUUGAAGAAAUAGAAAAGAAUGAUGAAUCGUUAUGGGAAUUACCAUGGAAAACUAAAAAAAAAAAUUCUUUUUUUUUUAAAGGACGAUUUUUUAAAAUUUUACCAGAUAAAGGGUGGUCUGAAAUUAAAGAUAUAUCGAAAAAAUAUAUAAGACCAAAAAGAAAAAGAACAAAACAUUUUGUUAGAAGAAAAAGAAUUUUACAAAAAAAAAUUAAAAUUAAUUUAUUUAAAAAAAAAAUUUUAGAAAAUUAUAAUAAAAGUAAAAAUAAAUAA